AUGUCAGUGAACGGCUGCUGUCCCUACCAGGGUGAGCUGCUCCCCAGAGCGCUGCCUCCUCUGAUUAUCAUAGAGUUCCUGCUGGGUGUCCAGGCCAAUGGCUUUGCCCUCUGGGUCUUCUGCUGGCACAUGAGGCCCUGGAAGAGCAGCACCGUCCUCCUCUUCAACCUGGCCCUGGCCGACUUCUUCCUCAACAUGGUGCUGCUGUUCCGUGCCAGCUACUACCUCUCCAAAAUGGACUGGAAGUUCGGUGAUGUCUUCUGCCGUAUAUUCCUCUUCCUAGUGGCCCUGAACCGUGGCAGCGGCAUCGCCUUCCUGACGCUCAUCACCCUGGACAGGUAUGUGCGCGUGCUGAACCCCCACCACCGCCUCAACUCUGCCUCCGCUGCCUCCGCUACAGGCGCCGCUGUGGCAGUGUGGGUGCUCACCGUCUCCCUGAACGCACAUUUCCUGAAGGUACCACAGCAGCUGGCGGUGGGAAAUGCCAUGCAGUGCGAGAGCUUCCUGGUGUGCCUGACUGUGGCCCCUGCUUCCCUCUUGUCCAGGACUGCGUCAUUUGUGAUCAUCUUCUUAGUCCCCCUGGCUCUGAUCCUCGUCUGCUCACUCCGCAUAAUCUCGGAGCUCAGGCGCAGGCAUCUGGAUCACCACGGCGACAUGAAGAGGACCAUCUCCUCCCUGGCCAUGGUGAUGGUGGUGUUCGUAGUGUGCUUCCUGCCCAGCAAAGUGUUCCAGGUGCUGAUCUGGGUGAAGGUGUGGUCGCAGAAGUCGUGCAAAUCCGUAAUGAACGGGGUCUUCUACGCCACACUGACCCUCACCUACCUCAACAGCAUACUGGACCCUGUGCUUUUCUACUUCUCCAGCCCCGCCUUCCAGCGGGUGUGCAGACAGCUGGUGAGACUCCAGAGCACAGAGGGGACGGUGGACACAGGGGAGGACGGGACUUAA